AUGUCCAACUCAGAAGCAGCCAGGUUAUAUGAAUCGAUCAUUGAAGAGGUCACCGCUGAAAGCAGACAAGAUUUCGAAGAUAGUGGUAUUGAUGAGUCCACACUUCAAGACUUAAGGAAGAUUUGGAGAAAUAAGCUUAGUGAGAGCGGUGUAGCAGAAUUUUCAUGGACUCAAAACACUAAGGAAGAGUUUUCGCAGCAACAACAACAACAGCAACAACAAUUACGAAGUGGCGACCUACAAUCUAACUUUCGUCACCAGAUUGACCCUCUGGCAGGAAUCCAAGAUAUCCAGAUACCAAACGACAUACAGUUACCUACAAUCACCCCAAAGAAUGAGGAUUCAGGUCUGGAGUUCCCCGGAAUGGGUCAGACGGAUGGGGCUGGAAAGUCAUAUAAUUUUGAAUUACAUAUAGAUGCAACUCCAGAACAAGUGGAGCAUAUGAGAAGGCGACUAGGAAAGCGUCAAGUCGAUGGACCUGGAUCCGAUAAUGACAACGUUAAUGACUCAGAUGAUAUCAAUUCCGACUUGGAUGACACGGAUGAUGACGAAAUCAAUAGCGAUGAUGAUAAUGAUGAGCAAGAAGACAAUAUCAUGUUGUGUUUGUACGACAGAGUGCAAAGAGUCCGUAACAAGUGGAAGUGCAAUUUAAGAGAUGGAAUUGUAAAUAUGGAUGGACGUGAUUAUACCUUCCAAAAGGCGACUGGGGAGAGUGAAUGGUGA